AACUUUAUGGUUCAAAUUGAAAAUUCGAGCGUGAAUAACAAAUAAAAAUGGAUUUUUUUAAGGAAAAAUAUAAUAAUAAUACACAGAUAGAGAGAGCUCCGUAUACAAGGGAAAUCAAAAUUCAAACGCUACAGAUUUUUGAUACUCUACAUCUGCUUCCAAUUUGGGCGCACCUCACUUCCUCCGGCGCUGAAACCGCCGACUAGGGUUUUCUUUUUCAGAUCUCCGGCGGUUGUUCUUCUUCCUCCGCCUAUGGACUCGGAUUCCUCUAAAUCGCGGAUUGAUCAGUUUUAUGUUUCGAAGAAGAGGAAACAUUCUUCACCAAAUUUGAAGUCUGGGAGAAAUGAGAAAAAUGUGAAGGUGACAGGAGAAAGGUCUCCUGGAGACAAAGGCACUUUGGACAAUUACUUGAAAGCCUCUCUGGACGACAAAAGCACUACCAAUAGUGGGUUGCAGGCAAGGCAAGAAGCGUUUACAAGAAAAUUGGAUUUGGAGGUUUCUGCUUCGUCUGUUCAUGAAAAUAUAUCCCUCCGCGUGCCUAAACCUGUAAGGGCCGCAACUUCUAAUGGAGUUGAAGGGUGUUUGAACCAGAAUGGAUCUCAAAUUUUUCAUAAAGAAGGUGUUGCUAUAACUGAAACUCAUGCAACAGAUGGUUUGCUCUGUUCUAGCCAGAAAGAUAAUUCAGACCUAAGAGACUUUACCACUGGUUUCUUGUCCUUGUAUUGUAGUGGAAUGCAGUCUAUUAUUGGUUCACCUCCACAUCAGAAGGCAUGUGAACUGAAGCGUCAAAGCAGCUCAUCAUCACUUGCCCAAGAUACUAAAAUUUCUCACAAGAGGCGCUGUGAUUCCCAAAUUAUACCAGCUCUAGAUGAACUUGCAUAUCCUCUGGGGAGUAAGCCUGAAUCACUCGCUAGUGUUGCUGAUAAAAGAGAUAAAUCUUUUUCAGACUCUACAAAGAAGAUUCCGAGCAAUGAACUUGUUGAAAUUCCAAUGGGCUUGAGAAAGUGUACCAAGGCACCAGAAUCGUCUACUCAUCUAAAUGAAUGCCACACUCCUGGAUUAGCCAUUAAAUCAUGUCCUGUUGGAACCCCAAAGUCAGGAAGUGGCAGCUCAAUGUUCUCACCUGGAGAUGCUUUCUGGAAUGAAGCAAUUCAAGUUGCUGACGGUUUGGCAAUUCCAAUUGAGAACUCUCGUUCCGUAGAAGUUAAAGAUGGAGGUGAAUAUGGAACUAUUCUUUCAUGCAGCAACAAAACAGAUCAUUGCAGUGAAAAGUUAAAGAGGAGUUUAGAUAUAGAUGAAAGCAGGGUAAAGGAUAAAGAAGCCAUUGGUUUUUCAAAGGUUGUAGAGAAGCAUGGGAGAGAUUUUAAGAAAGAAGUGUCGCCGCUUCCUGUCAAGAACCUUGAACUUUUGUUUCAAGAUAAGAAAACAAAUGGAGGUAACCGAGAGCGAUUUACUUCAUUUGAUCAAAAUAAUAGUACUCUAGGAAUCAGCAGGAUCUCGGAAUCUGUUUUUGUUGAUGAUAAAGGAUGUGAAACUCUUGAUAUUGCAAAUAAUGUUGAGGCAAAUAAUAUCUUGAUAGGCAGGGUGUAUCCAGAACCCGAAGAAAAUAAAGAUAUAUUGUGCGAGGAAAAUCAUCAUGAAAGAUCUGGUUCUAUGAUAGGCAACAUUAGGAAAUCAGUUGAUUCUAGUGAAUCUGAAGAAAGUCAUACUCCUUCAAGCUCUCAUCGUAACAAAGAUGGUUUAAAUCUUAGCACUUGGCUUCCCUCAGAAGUUUGCAGUGUAUACAACAAGAAAGGAAUAUUUAAACUCUAUCCUUGGCAGGUCGAGUGUCUUCAGGUUGAUGGUGUUUUGCAGAAAAGGAAUCUGGUAUAUUGUGCUUCUACAAGUGCUGGUAAAAGUUUUGUUGCGGAAGUCUUGAUGCUACGUCGGGUCAUAACAACUGGAAAAAUGGCAUUGCUUGUGCUACCUUAUGUAUCCAUUUGCGCUGAGAAGGCAGAACACCUUGAGGCCCUUCUUGAACCACUUGGUAAGCAUGUUCGUAGUUACUAUGGAAAUCAGGGUGGUGGAACACUUCCUAAAGACACUUCUGUGGCUGUCUGCACGAUUGAGAAGGCCAACUCUUUGAUAAAUCGCUUGCUUGAAGAGGGUCGUUUGUCAGAACUUGGGAUAAUAGUUAUAGAUGAGCUACAUAUGGUGGGUGACCAACAUAGGGGUUAUCUUUUGGAACUUAUGUUGACGAAACUUCGUUAUGCUGCUGGUGAAGGCAGUUCAGAAUCAAGUAGUGGUGAGAGUUCAGGGAAUAGCAGUGGCAAGGCUGAUCCUGCUCAUGGCCUACAAAUUGUGGGUAUGAGUGCUACAAUGCCGAAUGUUGGAGCAGUUGCUGACUGGCUUCAAGCAGCUUUAUAUCAAACAGAGUUCCGACCAGUUCCGCUAGAGGAGUAUAUUAAAGUUGGUAGCACUAUUUACAAUAAAAAGAUGGAAAUUGUGAGGACUAUACCAAAAGCUGCUGAUAUGGGAGGAAAAGACCCGGACCAUGUAGUUGAGCUUUGUAACGAGGUUGUUCAAGAAGGCAAUUCAGUGCUGAUAUUUUGUUCGAGUCGAAAAGGAUGCGAAUCAACUGCUAGGCAUAUUUCAAAGUUCAUUAAAAAGUUUCCCAUAGACGUUGAUGGUGAAAAUAGUGAGUUUAUGGAUAUCAGAUCUGCUAUUGAUGCCCUGCAAAGGUCUCCGUCUGGAGUAGAUCCUGUAUUGGAAGAAACUCUUCCCUUUGGGGUUGCCUAUCAUCAUGCUGGUCUUACAGUAGAAGAAAGAGAGAUAGUUGAGACCUGUUACCGUAAGGGUCUCGUACGUGUCUUAACAGCUACAUCCACUUUGGCGGCUGGGGUUAAUCUGCCUGCAAGGAGGGUAAUUUUUCGACAACCAAUGAUUGGCCGUGAUUUUAUUGACGGAACAAGGUACAAGCAAAUGUCUGGGAGAGCUGGGCGGACUGGGAUUGAUACAAAAGGAGAAAGUGUGUUGAUUUGCAAACCUAGAGAAGUCAAGCGAAUAAUGGCUCUUCUUAAUGAAACCUGCCCACCACUGCAGUCUUGUUUAUCUGAGGAUAAAAAUGGAAUGACUCAUGCAAUUCUAGAAGUUGUGGCAGGUGGAAUUGUUCAGAGUGCCAAAGAUAUUCAUCGCUAUGUUAGGUGUACACUUCUCAAUUCUACAAAGCCUUUUCAAGAUGUGGUCAAAUCAGCUCAGGAUUCGCUUCGGUGGCUGUGCCACAGGAAAUUUCUUGAGUGGAAUGAAGAGACAAAGUUAUACACUACAACACCCCUUGGACGUGGAUCUUUUGGCAGUUCACUCUGCCCCGAGGAGUCACUUAUAGUUCUGGAUGAUCUUUUACGAGCACGUGAAGGACUAGUUAUGGCAUCUGAUUUGCAUUUGGUCUACUUAGUCACACCAAUCAAUGUUGGUGUUGAACCAAACUGGGAAUUGUAUUAUGAACGGUUCAUGGAACUGUCUCCUUUAGAGCAGUCUGUUGGCAAUAGAGUUGGAGUGGUCGAACCUUUCCUGAUGCGCAUGGCACAUGGUGCAACAGUUCGCACUAGAAACAGACCACAUGAUGUAAAUAAAAAUUUGCGUGGAGAAUUUGACAAUCGGCAUGGUUCAACAAGCAUGAAGACGCUUUCAGAUGAACAAAUGCUUCGAGUGUGCAAGCGAUUUUUUGUUGCUCUUAUUUUGUCAAAAUUAGUUCAGGAAGCUUCUGUGACUGAGGUCUGUGAAGCCUUUAAAGUGGCUAGAGGUAUGGUUCAAGCGCUACAGGAGAAUGCUGGAAGGUUUUCUUCCAUGGUUUCAGUGUUCUGUGAGAGGCUUGGAUGGCAUGAUUUGGAAGGCUUAGUUGCCAAGUUCCAGAACCGUGUUUCAUUUGGUGUCAGAGCUGAGAUUGUCGAACUUACUAGCAUUCCAUAUAUAAAGGGUUCAAGAGCUAGGGCGUUGUACAAAGCUGGCUUGCGUACAUCUCAAUCGAUAGCUGAAGCAUCCAUCCCUGAAAUUGUCAAAGCUCUCUUUGAAUCUUCAGCGUGGGGUGCAGAAGGUGCAGGACAAAAAAGGAUGCACCUGGGAUUAGCCAAGAAAAUCAAGAAUGGGGCACGCAAAAUUGUUCUUGAGAAAGCAGAAGAGGCGAGGGCUGCUGCAUUCUCUGCUUUUAAGUCACUCGGUUUGGAUGUUCACGAGCUUUCAAAGCCCUUGCCAUCUGCUCCUGCUAGGAGUCCCAGUGGACAAGAAACUACUGAAAAAGACAUUUCUAGAGGCUCUGUUGGUCCCAAUGAAUUACAACAUGUUCCAGGAAAAUCAAGCACAGAGGAGCACAUAGAAUGUGAAAACUUUGAUACCGAUAAUCACAGAGAAAAGCCAAGGAAAGUAUUAGGUGCUACCUUAGGGGUUUCAUCAGAAGUUAACUUGAACAGACGUCUUCCUAAUUUUCAACCUAUAGGAACUACAGUCGGCACUAAUGGGCUUAAUGCUGUUAGUAUUCUUUCCAGUGAUAUUUUCCCUAUCCCUGUUUACAAUGACAGAGAGAUAAAAACUAAGGACAAUGUUGAUCAGCAUUUGACUAGGAAUUCGCAUAUUCCUUUGAGUAAUAAGGAUGGUACAGGUGAAAAGGGUCCAAUAACUGCAGGAAAUAUUAGUGGCGGAUUUGAUUCAUUCCUGGAACUUUGGGAAUCUGCUGGCGAAUUUUUCUUCGAUAUCCACCAUAAUAAACUACAAGAUUUGAAUUCCCGCAUCUCUUAUGAGAUACAUGGAAUUGCUGUCUGCUGGAAUAGCUCCCCCGUAUACUAUGUCAAUCUUAAUAAAGAUCUUCCCAACCUGGAAUGUGUAGAAAAACAAAAGCUUAUCGAGGAUGCAGUUGUUGGAAAGAAUGAGGUUUUUGCUACCCACAACAUGUUUGAUGUUAUAAAAUCUAGGUGGAACAGAAUCAGUAAAAUAAUGGGCAAUGUAAGUACGAGAAAGUUCACAUGGAAUUUGAAAGUCCAGAUUCAGGUGCUUAAGAGUCCUGCUAUAUCAAUCCAAAGAUGCCCUCGCCUGAAUCUUGCAGAAGGGAUCAUGGAUCUUGAGUUGGUUGAUGGAUCUUGGCUAAUGUUGCCUCCGCUUCGCAUAAGCCACACCAUUGACAUGAGUAUUGUGACAUGGAUUCUUUGGCCAGAUGAGGAAAGACACUCAUAUCCAAACAUUGAUAAGGAAGUAAAGAAAAGACUAUCCCCAGAGGCAGCUGAAGCUGCUAGUCGCAGUGGCAGGUGGAGGAAUCAGAUCCGAAGGGUUGCCCACAAUGGCUGCUGCAGACGGGUUGCUCAAACGAGAGCCCUUUGUUCAGCUCUUUGGAAGAUCCUUGUUUCUGAAGAACUUCUUGAAGCACUGACAACCACUGAAAUGCCGCUGCCAUCUGUGACUGGUUUUCCUUUUCAGAAUUUUUUUAAUUUGAUGGUUAAUGUCCUUGCAGACAUGGAGCUUUGGGGUAUAGGCGUCGAUAUAGAAGGAUGCCUUGGGGCACGGAAUAUAUUGCGGGAUAAACUGCGGUCCCUCGAGAAGAAAGCAUUUGAAUUGGCUGGCAUGACAUUUUCGUUGCACAACCCAGCUGAUAUUGCAAAUGUGUUGUUUGGACAGUUGAAGUUGCCCAUACCGGAAAACCAAUCUAAAGGGAAACUUCAUCCAAGUACUGAUAAGCACUGCUUGGAUCUUUUAAGGAAUGAGCAUCCUGUUGUCCCAAUUAUCAAAGAACACCGCACUUUGGCAAAGCUCUUAAAUUGUACACUUGGAUCAAUUUGUUCACUUGCUAAACUACGCUUGAGCACGCAAAGGUACACUUUGCAUGGCCGCUGGCUUCAAACAUCAACAGCAACUGGGCGGCUUUCCAUAGAGGAGCCUAAUCUCCAAUCUGUUGAGCAUGAAGUAGAGUUCUUAUUGGAUAAAAAUGGAAAGGACGUAAAUUCAAAUGCUGAUCGUUGCAAAAUAAAUGCACGUGAUUUCUUUGUUCCUACUCAGGAUAAUUGGUUACUCUUGACGGCAGAUUAUUCACAGAUAGAGUUGCGACUUAUGGCACACUUUUCUAGAGAUUCCUCGUUGGUUUCACAGCUUAGCCAGCCAGAAGGUGAUGUCUUUACAAUGAUAGCUGCAAAAUGGACUGGAAAAGUCAAGGAUUCUGUUAGUCCACAUGAUAGAGAUCAGACCAAAAGAUUGAUCUAUGGAAUCCUUUACGGAAUGGGUGCAAAUAGACUCGCAGAACAGCUUGAGUGCAGCUCAGAUGAAGCCAAGGAGAAAAUUAGAAGCUUUAAAAAUUCUUUCCCUGCAGUCACCUCUUGGCUAAACGAAACAAUUUCAUUUUGCCAGGAAAAAGGAUAUAUUCAGACUCUCAAGGGAAGAAGGCGGUUCUUGUCAAAAAUAAAAUUUGGGAAUGCCAAAGAGAAAUCUAAGGCUCAAAGGCAAGCUGUAAAUUCCAUGUGCCAGGGAUCUGCUGCUGAUAUAAUCAAGAUUGCAAUGAUAAACAUCUAUUCUGCAAUUACUGAUGAUGUCGAUAGCGCAACAUCUAGUCCUUCAACUGAAAGCAGGUUUCACAUGUUAAAGGGACGAUGUCGAAUUCUUCUACAAGUACAUGACGAACUUGUGCUGGAAGUUGAUCCUUCUUAUGUAAAAGAAGCUGCAACAUUGCUACAAACCAGCAUGGAAAAUGCGGUUUCACUUGUAGUCCCUCUACAUGUGAAACUAAAGGUUGGGAAAACAUGGGGCUCCUUAGAACCGUUUCAGGCUGAUUAAGUAAGACAUGAGCAAAUUUUCUAUUAAGUCUUUAACUUCUAAUCGAAGAUCGUCGGAUGGUUAUGAUGCAUAAAAAAAGUUCCAACAUCGAUGGCUUGACUCGAUGCUAAGCUCUGAUUCAUGUACAUGAAGUGAUGAAGAGAAAUGAUCUGACGGUCUUAUUUGACAUUCCUUGCCUGAAGCUUGAGACAUGGAGAUGGAUAUGACACAUGAUAAGAGUCGAAAAUUCCAAAGGGAAUUACUCUCUUGCUGUGUUCUCAGGCGGCUCUUCUUAUCAAGCUUCGUAAGAAGAGUCUAUGUAAAGUUGUAACCAAAAAGAGGUAACUUCAAAAGUUUUACUGACAGUGACUAAAAAUCGUAGAAAGAUUAGGCAAAGUAAUUUCACUUUUUGAAUGUAAAUAGUAUACCUACCAUUUUUUUUUAUAUAUGUAGUCAUGGUUCCAAGGGAGUAAAUAUAUGAGUUCAUAA